GAUACUACAGGGUCAACCCCUUUGUUUCCAUCUCCACUGAAGCCACAGUUCUAUAAGACUCAUCUUUAUCUGGAAUUUGACUGCAGAAACAAUGAUCUUUGGUUUCGUUUCUUCUUCUUGAGGUCUUUUCUCAUGUAUCAGGAAUCGUUUUAUAAUUCGACUGUGCAGAGAGUCUAAACCAUGUCUUUAAUAAGGUCUGCAGAACCACCUGCUGCAUCAUGUAGAAAUACAAAGCUCUAUUCAGUACAGAAUAGCGGUGACAGUACCAACAUGGCUUUUCGAAUGUCUGGUCCUGAUAAGCAUAAGCUUGUUUAUGCUACGGAUUCUUACAGCAGCGAGAGCUACGAGAAGUACUUCCUUGAAUCUCCUAUGGAUGAGCUUAUACACUCAUCUAGUUCUGGGAUCUCUGGAAGUUCGAUUCCUUCUUACCAGAUAAGAGAUUACAUGGAAAUCCAAAGCCCAGAUACGCUGGACUCUGACCCGGAUAGGAUGAAACUGAAGCUUCAAGAACUGGAGAGAGCUCUGCUAGCUGAUAAUGAUGUUGAUGGCAAUUUUGACAUGUUUGGCACUGGUCCAAGCAUGGAAGUAGACUGUGAAUGGUCCAACCCUAUCAGGAUGGAUUCUCUUCAUGACUCACCAAAGGAGUCAUCGUCUUCGGGUUCUUUUCUUGGUAGCAUUAGCAGCAACAAAGAGGUAUCAAAUGUUUCAUCCCGAUCUCCUAAGCAAAUGUUGAUUGAAUGUGCUGCUUUGGUCUCAGAAGGCAACAUUGAACAAGCUUCAGCCAUAAUAAAUGAGCUUCGCCAGAUGGUCUCGAUUCAAGGGGAUCCGCCCCAGAGAAUCGCGGCCUACAUGGUCGAAGGUCUUGCAGCUCGCAUGGCAUCAUCCGGGAAAUAUCUUUAUAAAGCUUUAAGAUGCAAAGAGCCCCCUUCUUCUGAUAGGCUUGCAGCCAUGCAAAUCCUCUUUGAAGUGUGCCCUUGUUUCAAGUUUGGAUUUAUAGCAGCAAACGGUGCAAUUAUCGAGGCAUUUAAAGAUGAAAAAAUAGUGCAUAUAAUAGAUUUCGAUAUAAGUCAAGGUAAUCAAUAUAUCACUCUGAUUCAAACUAUCGCCAAGCAGCCCGGCAACCCGCCUCAUUUGAGAUUAACUGGAGUUGAUGACCCUGAGUCAGUUCAACGUCUUAAUGGAGGUCUCGGAAUUGUCGGACUAAGACUGGAGAAGCUAGCAGAAGUACUAGGCGUGCCAUUUGAGUUUCGAGCUGUUCCCUCAAGGACUGCACUUGUUACCCCAUCUAUGUUGGAUUACAGGCCGGGCGAAGCACUUAUAGUGAACUUUGCAUUUCAACUCCACCACAUGCCUGAUGAGAGUGUUUCAACGAUCAAUCAACGAGAUCAACUUCUUCGGAUGGUUAAGAGUAUGAAUCCAAAACUCGUUACUGUUGUCGAGCAGGAUGUAAACACAAACACAACGCCUUUCUUUCCAAGGUUUAUCGAAGCCUAUAGUUACUACUCUGCUGUUUUCGAUUCCCUGGAUGCUACACUUCCCAGGGAGAGCCAGGAUCGGAUGAAUGUUGAAAGGCAGUGCCUGGCACGAGACAUAGUCAACAUUGUUGCAUGCGAAGGAGAUGAAAGGAUAGAACGAUACGAAGUUGCUGGAAAGUGGAGGGCAAGGAUGAAGAUGGCUGGCUUCAAACCGUGUCCAAUGAGUUCGAAUGUAAUCGAUAUGAUCCGGAAGCUUAUCAAGGAGUACUGUGACAGGUACAAGCUGAAGGAGGACUUGGGUGCACUUCAUUUCGGUUGGGAAGAAAAAAGCUUGAUUGUUGCUUCAGCAUGGAGUUAGUUCUGAAUGUUCAUUGUAAACUAUAAAGUUGGUCCAGAAAAAUACUUCCUAAUCCUCUUUGGGUUGAUGUAAAAUUUCAGAGUAGGGUUUGCUAAUUAUCUAACAUUUUUCUUCUAUAAUAUUACAUUUCCAUUUGCUUUACAUUCUU